AUGGAGUGGCGCACAGCGCGGGCCCAUACACUCCCGGCGGCAACGGGCGCGUCUCAGAAUGUGGGACCUGGGAGCCACAUGCGGGUCGCACCCUGCUCUCGACCGGAGGUGACAGCACGGAAGGCGGAAGGCGGGAGCUUUAUCGGCGGGGGCCAGCGCGGACUACGGUGGGCAGGGCAGAAGGCGCAGCGCACACGCCCAACCAUUAGGGUCGGAUCCUGGUUGUGUCGCCAGCAGCCCGCGGAGGGGGGCCUUGCUGUGUGCACUUCGGGCCUGGGGCAGGGGAGGAGCCUUAGGGUACCGCGCUUACGGGGCGCCGGGGUAGAGGCGCAAAGGUCGGGACCGAGUGUACGUCUCGGCGCCAUGCGUGGUCCCUCUUCCUGGCCGCUGCGACUCCUUCCGGCCGUCUUCGCGCGCCCUCCGGCUGCAGCCUGGGCCACCGGUCAAUGGCGGCAGCUGGUGGGGCUAGGGCCGAUGCGGCCUGGGGGCGCGGGGCUGGGGCUCUCCGGGGGUCUUGGAUCUGCGUGCCUGCACUGCUGGGGGAGCACCUGGCCCGGCAGGAACCAGAGUUACAGCCACAGUGUCCCCAGGCCACUAGUGUCUAUACUGAGGCCACCGUGCGCCCCUGGGCGCGCCGGGGGCAUUGUGCGGCUCAUGGGGCUCCGAGCGCGACUCCCGGUAGCUUGCAGGUGCGAGGCGCGCGCGGGGCUCGCGAGAGGCCUCGCCGCCUCUUCCCGGGCUGAGGGUGAGUCGGGGCGGCGCGGGGCGGCGGCGCCAGCAGCUGUGGCAGCUCCCGGAGACGACUCUGGGCUGCAGCCUUCAGCUGCCGGGCGCUCAGAGGCGAAGAAGCUCCUGGGGUUGGCGUACCCUGAGCGCUGGACGCUGGCAGCUGCCGUUGGGUUUCUGACCGUGUCCAGUGUCAUCACCAUGUCUGCUCCUUUCUUCCUGGGGAAGAUCAUCGAUGUUAUUUAUACAAACCCAACUGUGGACUAUACCUAUAAACUGAGCAACCUGUGCCUUGUAUUUGCCGGUGUGUUUCUGUGUGGAGCUACUGCUAAUGCCAUCCGUGUCUACCUCAUGCAGACUGCAGGUCAGCGUAUUGUGAAUCGGUUGAGAACUUCAUUAUUCUCCUCUGUUCUGAGGCAGGAGAUUGCUUUCUUUGACAAGACUCGCACAGGUGAAUUGAUUAACCGCCUCUCCUCAGACACUGCACUCCUAGGGCUUUCAGUGACUGAAAACCUCUCGGAUGGACUCCGGGCUGGGGCCCAGGCUUCUUUUGGUGUCGGCAUGAUGUUUUUUGUCUCUCCUAAUCUGGCCACUUUUGUUUUGAGUGUUGUGCCUCCAGUGUCCAUCCUUGCUGUGAUUUAUGGGAGAUAUCUGCGUAAACUGACCAAAGUCAGGCAGGAUUCCCUGGCACAAACUACUCAGCUAGCUGAGGAACGUAUUGGAAACAUAAGAACCGUUAGGGCUUUUGGGAAAGAAGUGACUGAAAUGGAGAAAUACAGCAGCCAAAUGGAUUAUGUGAUGCAGUUGGCAAGGAAAGAGGCAUUUGCUCGGGCUGGCUUCUUUGGAGCUGUGGGGCUCUCCGGGAACCUGAUUGUGCUCUCUGUUCUGUACAAAGGAGGGCUGCUGAUGAGCAGUGCCCACAUGACAGUGGGUGAACUCUCUUCCUUCCUCAUGUAUGCUUUCUGGGUUGGAUUGAGUAUUUCAGGCCUGAGCUCUUUCUAUUCUGAGUUGAUGAAAGGACUGGGUGCUGGAGGACGCCUCUGGGAGCUCCUGGAGAGAAAGCCUGUGCUUCCUUUUAAUGAGGGAAUCAUUUUAAAUGAGAAAGCCUUCCAGGGCACUUUGGAAUUUAAUGAAGUGCAUUUUGCCUAUCCAGCCCGCCCAGAAGUACCCAUAUUCCAGGAUUUCAGCCUUUGUAUCCCAUCAGGAUCUGUCACAGCACUGGUUGGCUCAAGUGGUACUGGCAAAUCAACAGUGGUUUCACUCCUACUGAGAUUGUAUGACCCUGUUUCCGGAACUAUCAGUCUUGAUGGUUGUGACAUCCGUCAGCUAAAUCCAGUCUGGCUGAGAUCCAAGAUUGGCACAGUGAGUCAGGAACCAAUUUUGUUUUCUUGUACAAUUGCUGAGAAUAUUGCUUAUGGUGCAGACAACCCUUCCCUGGUGACUGCUGAACAAGUAGAAAGAGCAGCUGAAUUGGCUAAUGCGGCCACUUUCAUUAAAAAUUUUCCCCAAGGAUUCAACACUGUGGUUGGAGAAAAGGGUGUUCUCCUUUCAGGUGGGCAGAAACAGCGGAUCGCAAUUGCACGUGCUUUGCUCAAGAAUCCCAAAAUUCUUCUCCUAGAUGAAGCAACAAGUGCACUGGAUGCUGAAAAUGAGUACCUUGUUCAAGAAGCUCUAGAUCGGCUAAUGAAAGGAAGAACAGUGUUAAUUAUUGCCCAUCGUCUGUCCACCAUUAAGAAUGCUAAUAUGGUUGCUGUUCUUGACCAAGGAAGAAUUGCUGAAUGUGGGAAACAUGAAGAAUUGCUUUUAAAACCAGAUGGGAUGUUCAGAAGAUUGAUGAACAAACAAAGUUUUAUGUCAGUAUAAUGAAACAAUUGUUUCUUUCAUUAUGAAACUGAAUAUAAGAGAUUUUAAAGCAAAACAGCUUUGCAGGAAAAAAAAUGUAGACUGUAUGAAAUCUGUAAUCAAACUUCAAGUAUAUUUUAAAUAAUUUCUUUUCCACCAUGUAUAAAUAUUGUUUUGAAAUGUACCUAUCCUAAAGACCUUUUUUUUUUCAGUUUCGAUAAUUGUAACUUUCUUAAUGUCUAUAGCACUGAAUUAAUUUCAGGUUUUGUAUUUUAUCUUGGAAUAUUAUAAUUAUUAUAGCAUGACAUUUUGUUUUCUUUUGUCCAUUGUUUAGAUUGAAGCUAUUGUCAAAUGACAACAUUUAAGAGGGAAUUAUAAAUAAAAAGCCUAAUUAUUUUAGGCUAGUUUACUAGUCACUGUAUAAUUCUCUUGGUAGUAUUCUGCCUACUUUAUGUCUAAUUUUAC